AUGUCGUCAAUCACCAGGCCGGAAGCCCAACCAACCCUUGAGAGCAAACAACACCCAGCACCCGACAAGCGACGCAGAGUGUUCAGUCUAUCACGGAGGUCUUCGAGAAAGAGUUUCAGUAUGGCGGCCAAGACCGUCGAGAUCCCGGAGCCGCCCCGCGUGCCGCUCCUCGGCAAUGUUACGGACAUUGACAUGGAGUACCCGUUGGGAUCGUUCCUCCACCUCGCUAACAAAUAUGGCCCCAUUUAUAGAGUAGACAUUCUCGGACAGAAGUUGGUCUGGGUUAACACACACGCUCUGGUUAACGAAAUUUGUGACGACAAGCGAUUCAAGAAGAGUAUAGAGGGCGACUUGGAGUCCAAAGGAGUGGAAGAAGAGAACUGGGGAGUGGCCCAUCGAGUUCUGAUGUCAGCUUUCGGUCCCCUGUCCAUCAGAGGAAUGUUUGACGACAUGCACGAUAUUGCCGCACAAUUGGCUAUGAAGUGGGCCCGACACGGUUCUUCAACGCCCAUCCCCAUCGGCGAAGACAUGACGAGACUCACAAUGGACACCGUGGCACUAUGUUCCAUGGGCUUCCGAUUCAACUCGUACUACCGCGAAGAAACGCAUCCCUUCAUCACUGCCAUGUACGCAGUAUUGAAGGAAGCUGGCGACAAGGGUCUUCGAGUCCUCCCUCAGGUGUUCUACAAGAAGCAGGACAAGAAGUUCAAGCAGAACAUCAACAUGCUGCGCACUACAGCAAGAGAGGUUUUAGAAACCCGACGUUCGGACCCGACCGGUGCGAACGGACGCAAAGAUCUGCUCACGGCUAUGCUCAACACUACCGACCCUGUCACUGGCCGGAAGAUGACGGAUGAUAGCAUCAUUGACAACUUGAUCACUUUCCUCGUCGCUGGCCACGAGACGACUGCAGCUACCUUUGCCUUUACAAUGUAUUGGAUGAUUAAGCGUCCGGAGGAGUAUCGUAAGGUUCAACAAGAGGUGGACAGUGUCGUCGGAGACGGUCCUAUUCGUCUGGAACAUGUGAGCAAGCUGAAGUAUUUGUCUGCUGUACUUCGAGAAACCCUCCGCUUCAGUGCUCCUAUCCCGGGCUUUGGAAGAGAGGCAAUGAAGGAUGAGAUCAUCGGCGGCAAGUACCCUGUCAAAGCUGGUGAGAUGAUUGUUGCGAACUUGGCCAAGUCGCAUUUCGACCCGGCGGUCUACGGUGAUGAUGCCGACGAGUUCAAGCCUGAGAGGAUGCUAGACGAAAACUUCGACCGUCUGAUGAAGGAGUUCCCGAACUGUUGGGCCCCCUUCGGCACAGGCAUGCGUGGUUGCAUUGGCCGUGCAUUUGCUUGGCAAGAGAUGCUGCUCGCCCUGGCGGUUCUAUUCCAGAACUUCAACUUUGUCUCUCAUAACCCCAACUACGAUCUCAAGGUCGCCCAGACGCUCACCAUUAAGCCGAAAGACUUUUACAUCCGCGCGAUUCUGAGAGAAGGACUUACUCCUGCGCUUCUUGAAGCGCGCUUGGCGGGCUCUAUCGUCGCUACAGGGGCCAACGCGAAGGCUGCAGCAAAGACCCAAGCCGAGAAGACCCCAUCUCAGAGCAACGGCACCAACGGCACCUCGAAAGGCGGGAAUCUGGCUGUGUUUUACGGUUCGAACUCCGGCACGUGUGAGUUCAUGGCUCAACGACUUGCCAGUGACGCUCAAUCGCAUGGGUUCAGUGCAACGGUCGACUCCCUCGACACAGCCAGAGAGGCUCUGCCGACUGAUCGUCCAGUGGUCAUUGUCACAUCCUCCUACGAAGGACAGCCGCCACACAAUGCCGCACUUUUUGUUGACUGGUUGACCAACCUGAAGGGCAAAGAGCUUGAGAACGUUUCAUAUGCCGUUUACGGUUGUGGACAUGCCGAUUGGGUGAAGACACACCAGCGUAUUCCCAAGCUCGUUGACUCAUCGCUAGCUGAGCGUGGUGCAACUCAGCUGAUUCCUCUCGGGACGACUGAUGCUAAGGACCGUGACAUGUUUUCCGACUUUGAGGCAUGGGAAGACGACAUGCUGUGGCCCGCACUGGUGAAGCGCUUUGGUGGCCAGUCUCAGGCAGACGACAGCAACCUCUCUGACACGGGUAUUUCAGUCUCCUUCUCAACGCCCCGAACGUCGACUCUUCGCCAAGAUGUCAGAGAUGCACUCGUCCUGGAUUCCCGCCCUCUUGUCCAGGGAAAUAUUGGCCCUGUCAAGAGGCAUGUGGAGAUUCAAUUGCCGACCAACAUGCGCUACACGGCAGGUGAUUAUAUGGCUGUGCUCCCGCACAACCCCAAGGACACAGUCGCCAGAGUAAUGCGCCGCUUCCAUCUGACCUGGGACUCGCACGUCACCAUUCAGGCUUCGGGUCCAACCACGCUGCCCACCAACAAUAGCAUUCCCGUUUCUGAUGUUCUCAGCUCCUAUGUUGAGUUGUGCCAGACUGCAACUAAGAGGAACAUCUCAGGGCUGGCACAGCUGGCAAAAGAUGAAAAGGUUCGCAGCGAGAUUCAACAUCUUGCCGGUAACAGUUACGACUCCGAGAUCAAGACCAAGCGAUUACACAUCGGCGUCACCUCAUCUUACCUCUCUUCUCUCACGGCAGGCGAUAAGGUGCAGAUUGCUGUCCGCCCAGCACAAGGAGGCUUCAAGCUGCCCCCAAACAUGGACAAGACACCACUUCUCUGUGUCGCCGCCGGAACAGGUUUGGCACCCUUCCGUGCUUUCUUUCAGGAGCGUGCAAUCCUCAUUGGCAACGGAUUGCCCUUAGCGCCCGCUAUUCUCUUCUUCGGGUGCCGCGACCCGGCUGCGGACGACUUGUAUCGCGAAGAAUUUGACAGAUGGGAGGCUGCAGGAGUACUCACGGUCUACCGGGCAUACAGCCGUAAGCCGGAGGCCUCGGACGGGUGCAAGUAUGUUCAGCACCGCAUCUGGAAGGAGAGGGAGAUGCUCUACAACCUUUGGGAUCAGGGUGCUCGGGUCUAUGUCUGUGGCUCUAACCACGUCGCCGAGGGCGUUAGGGAUAUUGUGCUGAAGGCUGCGCAUGAGAAGAGUGAGAAAGACGACGGAAAGCCGAUGACUGAGGAGGAGGCGGAGGAGUGGUUCAAUAAUAUCCGCAACGAGCGGUAUGCUACUGAUGUCUUUGACUGA